AUGCGGAGCUGCAUCGUCCUCCUCGCGAUCCUGCGCUUGGAACUGGCGAUUGGGCACAUCAGGGACGAGGUUCAGGAGACCUGCCUUCUGCAAGUCGGCUUGGAGCUCCCGCAGGCAGCGAUGCAUCGCCUCGCGCUUUCCUUUUCUCGCAAGCUGGUGGUGUCGGCCAUGGCCACGGUGCCGGUGGAGACCAGUAACGACGUGAAGGCCGCCUACAAGAAGGGCCUUGCCGAGGACCUCUGUGGGAACCACCAAGAUGCGCUGGCGAACUUUGGUAAAGCCGCCUGCCUUUCAGGCAGCAGCCCUGCAUUUCAGAAGAAAUGCAAAAGCGGCGUCCGCAAGGCAUUGCAACAUCUCAAGGAACAGGAUGGACAGUACCGGCUGCGAGAGAUGUUCAAGGCGGAUGCCGCUGCGCUGCUGAGUCGAAGUGGAGAUCCACCGGAGCUGGCUGUGGCAGGCUUCUGCAGUCGCGUGGAGAAGGCCCCUGUCGGCCGUGGGCUGCUGGUUCGCGAUCGCGCACAGCUUGGCGAGCUGCUUUUCGUGGAGAAAGCCUUCGUACUGGGAAGUCAUCAGGCUCUCCUCGAAGCCGCCCUGAAGAAACUCGAGAGCUGCUCGAAGGCGGACUUCGAUCGGUUCAUGAAGCUCUUCGGCGGCGAGGAGGAGGAGGAGGUUGUGUCGCCGGCAGGAUCAUCAAUCACAAUCGCCUGCCCGGAAGAAGAUGAGCAAGAUCGCACGGUGGAUGAAGACAAGGUGCAGAGGAUCCUGCAGCUGAAUGCUCGAAGCCGCAUCACCCUGAGCAAGACGGGGGAGAUCGAGGAGAAGCUCUGGGGACUUUGGCCUCUUGCAGCGUGCAUGAACCAUUCCUGCAGGCCAAAUGCAAGCUUCACUUUCGUCGGUGAUGUCCUGAUCUGCCGUGCUGCGCGAGACCUGGAGAUGGGCGACGAGAUCUGCUGCAGCUUUGUCCGUGUCGACCGUCCGGCAAUGCUCCGUCAGCGAGAGCUCCAAAGUCAGUACAACUUCUCCUGCACCUGUGCGCGGUGCAUCCUGGAGAAGGUCUUUCUUCCGGAUUCAAAGGCACAGGAGUUCAUGGACAAGGUCAAGAAGCUCAGCAGGGCUCCACGUCGACGUGACCGUGAAGCCCUGGAGGCCUGGGCGGGCUCCUGGUCGUUUCUCUAUCGAGAGAUAGAGUACGACGUGUCCUUGGCAAUCAAGAGAAAUGGCAAGACUUUGGACGAGGACCUCAGCUUAGUUGCAGCCAGCGACGAACUGUUUGAGCGAUGCUGGACCGCUGACCACGAGGCGAUUCGCGAGCUGCGCCUGAAGGAGCAGGAGGAGAUGCGGCAAAACAUUGCGCGCCGGCAGGGACAAGAGUCCGGGAAACCUGUCAACUAUGCAGGACCAGGACGCGUAGACGUCUAUGCAGAGCAGCUGCAGCACCUACUUUGCACUUCCUUCCUUUCCGUUGCAGCCGAGUCGGCCCGUCUCUGGGUAAAGGUCGGAGUCCCCAGCAACAGUGCUCGCGACAGCCGCUGGAUCUGCCAGCAGCUCGAAGAGACAGCACCGGCGAGUUCUUCUCACGCAUUCUGGGCCGCGGAGUGUGCCAACCAGACGUGGAGGGCGUUCUUGAAGAAGGAAGAGGCUGCGCUGAUUUUUGCACAGCAACAUCCCGAUACGCAUAGACCGCCCCUCACGCCUGAAGUGGAGCAAUCCGCCGUAUAUGCCCGGAUCACGUUCGGCCGGUGCUACGGAGAGCAGUUGUGGCUGGCCCAGGCCAAGGCUUUGGGUUGGCCCAUGGAGCUUUGUGCCGGGGCCCUGCAACGCCCAGCACCUGCAAUACCCCGGCCACCACCGGAAAGCAGGAAAGUAAGCCCGCCGAAGGGACGGAUCAAGAUCUACAAGAAGGGCUCAAGGAGGUGGGAGGACUACCUGAGGCCGAAGUUGAAAGAGAAGUUGGCUGCAGAAAACACCAGCGUGCUGGGCAGCUCUAACACCACACUGCUGAAUGCAAGCAAAGCGAAUGUCAGCUCGGUGCUGUCGAUGACGAGCAACUCCACUGCUGGGGCCGCACUGUCGAAUGUGCCUCGCCCGCUGACCCUGCCCACAUGCGAUUACAUCUGGGGUGUGCCAAAGAUUGCCUGGGCAGUAGUCUGCGACUUGCUCGCGAUUGCCGCCCUGCUGCUGUGCAUUCCCUUCCUGUCCAAAGCUCAGAGCCCCGAGCAUCAGCUUCUCGGACUGCUGGCCUUGCUGAUCUCCGAGCGGUGCGGGUUGUGGGAUGAUGCUCCACAAAAGACCUACAGCAAGGGGUCCUUCCCACUGGACCACUUUAGCGAGUGCUCGAAGCUCAAGGACGAGUACCUGCAGUGCUUGAAGCAGCACAGCCACGACAACAUGUCGUGCCGGUAUCUCUCCAAGCGGUACCUGCAAUGUCGCAUGGACAAGAACCUCAUGACGAAGGAGCCCAUGGAGCGGUUGGGCUUUACCGAGGAGGACGUCUCGCCGGCGCCGGCGAGGAAGAAAGAUAAGAAGAAGACCAAGGAGGAGACGGGGUGGAUUGUGGGAAUCGACGGCAUCAAGCCGGAGCGAAGCAACGAAUGGCGAAGGCCUACCCUUGUGAACAUCCGGGCCUUCGUCUCUGAGAAGAAGGAAGAUGCAUCCUCCUAG